CGUCGCUAAACAUGUAGGGCAAAAACGAUUUUACUUUGAAAGAGUAGCCGGAAACAUAACGUUUAUAAUCUGUGUGAUUUGACAGUGUUACAUUGACCCAGUUUCAGAGAAAGGCAGUCUCGGGUUGGUUUGAAUUAGCGGCGCGGGGAGCGCGUGGAGGAGCGGCGUGGAGCCUACGGUGUUUCGAGUGAAGGUCGCGCGCUCUGACACCGCGCGCAGCACAAUGCUGGAAACCAAGUUUUUAUUCACGCAAUGAAUCCUGCCAACGAAACCAGAGCCGGGAGAGGUACAGAACAUUACAUCUUCACAGAUGGCACCUACAAACUUCUCGCUUUUACCAUCGGGACCAUUGGAGUAUUCGGCUUUUGUAAUAACGUUGUUGUCAUCAUACUCUACUGUAAAUUCAAGAGACUCCGGACGCCCACCAAUUUGUUACUGGUCAACAUAAGUUUGAGUGAUUUUCUGGUUUCUGUCAUCGGAAUAAACUUUACGUUUGCUUCGUGCGUCACAGGCGGAUGGACUUGGAGUCAGGCAACAUGCAUCUGGGACGGCUUCAGCAACAGCUUAUUUGGCAUCGUUUCCAUCAUGACUUUGGCAGCCCUGGCUUAUGAGCGCUACAUCCGGGUGGUCCAUGCACAGGUGGUGGACUUCCCCUGGGCGUGGCGGGCCAUAGGCUACGUCUGGCUGUACUCCCUGGCCUGGACAGGGGCUCCUGUGCUGGGGUGGAACCGCUACACGCUGGAGAUCCACCAGCUGGGCUGCUCCCUGGACUGGGCAUCUAAGGACCCAAAUGAUGCCUCCUUCAUCCUCCUCUUCCUCCUGGCCUGUUUCUUUGUUCCUGUUGGCAUCAUGAUCUACUGCUACGGAAACAUCCUCUAUACAGUACAAAUGCUGCGCUCCAUCCAGGACCUCCAGACGAUUCAGAUCAUCAAGAUCUUGCGAUACGAGAAGAAGGUCGCCGUUAUGUUUUUCCUGAUGAUCUCCUGCUUCCUGGUGUGCUGGACGCCCUACGCUGUCGUGUCCAUGAUGGAGGCCUUCGGCAGGAAGAACGUGGUCUCUCCCACAGUGGCCAUCAUCCCCUCGUUCUUUGCCAAGUCCAGCACAGCCUACAACCCCCUCAUCUACGUGUUCAUGAGCAGAAAGUUCCGGCGCUGUUUGCUGCAGCUGCUCUGUUCGCGGCUCUCUUGGCUGCAGCACAGCCUCAAAGAGCGCCCCCUGGCUCCUGUCAAGCGCCCCAUCCGACCGAUCGUCGUGUCCAGAGGGUGCGGCAGCAGGGACCGACCCAAGAAGAGGGUGACCUUCAGCUCCUCCUCCAUCGUCUUCAUCAUCACCAGCAAUGACUUCCACCACCUGGAUGUGACCUCCAAGGCUGGAGAUUCCAAGGAGGUUAAUGUCAUUCAAGUGAGGCCACUGUGAUUCAGGGGCUGGACUUCUCAUCCCGCCACUCAGUAUGCCUUAGGACCUAACAUGCAAUUCCAAACCAAAAUAAUCCUGUCUGACCUCCCUAGACACGUCUGCGUCUACACACAGUUACAGACUUGUUACAACUACUUGUAAAUAUCCAACUGUCAGCCCUAGAUCUCAACUAAACCUGUUUCCUGACAGUGUUUUGUCUAAGCAGGUAGUAUGAAAGUGUGACAUCCUCAUCUAACAUCAGCUGUGAUGAUAUAAGAUGUAGUUAAUAAUAUGUUUCUCUUAGGAAAAGAAUCACACUUAUUUGUCAAAUAUGCCACACAGUAUAUAUUAUGUGACAACAGCUGAACUCUGUGUCUAAGUAUGGAUCAACAUGUGAUAGCAGAUUUGUUUUUGUUUGUCCCCAACUGCAAAUGUGUAAAAUGGAAAAUAAGCCUUAGCUCUUUAGCCAUAACCCAUAAUACAAAAAAUUAUUAUGUAUGGACAUUAUUGUGUAUGGAUUCAAUAAAGAGUUGCUAUUUUAAGAUA